CUGCCGAGUGUCCAUCACCUGACGAAGGCACGGCUCGAGCUCCUCUCGCUUUUCCACCUUUUUUUCAAUUUUUAACAACAACGACGACGAUGUCCACAGAGUGAUCAUAGCGGCUAAAACAACUAAACAUCCGUCCUUUGCGGAAUUUGCAUAAUUUGACAUUUGGAAACCAUGGAGCCAUCCGCCCCGAAAAGCAAGCUGAAAAAGCUGAGUGAAGACAGUUUGACCAAACAACCAGAGGAAGUGUUUGAUGUUCUGGAAAAGCUGGGUGAAGGCUCUUAUGGAAGCGUGUUUAAAGCCAUCCACAAGGAGUCUGGACAAGUUGUGGCCAUCAAGCAGGUCCCCGUGGAGUCUGAUCUACAAGAGAUCAUCAAGGAGAUUUCCAUCAUGCAGCAGUGUGACAGCCCUUAUGUAGUGAAGUACUAUGGCAGCUACUUCAAGAACACAGACCUGUGGAUUGUCAUGGAGUACUGCGGAGCGGGCUCCGUCUCGGAUAUCAUCAGGCUGCGUAACAAAACACUGACAGAGGACGAGAUCGCCACCAUCCUAAAGUCAACCCUCAAGGGUCUGGAAUACCUACACUUCAUGAGGAAGAUCCACCGAGACAUCAAGGCUGGAAACAUUCUACUCAACACGGAGGGACACGCCAAACUCGCCGACUUUGGGGUUGCCGGGCAGCUAACGGACACCAUGGCCAAGAGGAACACUGUGAUCGGAACCCCAUUCUGGAUGGCUCCGGAGGUGAUCCAGGAGAUUGGUUACAACUGUGUGGCUGACAUCUGGUCUCUUGGCAUCACAUCCAUCGAGAUGGCAGAGGGCAAGCCUCCUUACGCAGACAUCCAUCCCAUGAGAGCCAUCUUCAUGAUCCCCACCAACCCUCCGCCGACAUUCCGAAAGCCGGAGCUGUGGUCGGACGAGUUCACGGACUUUGUCAAGAAGUGUUUGGUGAAGAAUCCUGAACAAAGAGUCACCGCCACACAACUCUUACAGCAUCCGUUUAUCAGCCAGGCCAAACCAGUCACCAUCUUGAGGGACCUGAUCACAGAAGCCAUGGAGAUGAAGGCCAAGAGGCAGCAGGAGCAGCAGCGAGAGCUCGAGGAGGAAGAAGACAAUUCUGAGGAGGAAACUGAGGUGGACUCUCACACAAUGGUGAAGUCAGGCUCGGAGGGCGCGGGCACCAUGCGAGCCACCAGCACCAUGAGCGACGGGGCGCAGACUAUGAUCGAACACGGCAACACCAUGCUGGAGUCGGAUCUUGGCACCAUGGUCAUCAACAGCGAUGACGAGGAAGAAGAGGAGGACCAGAGAUCCAUGAGGAGACACGCCACCCCCCAGCAGCCCUUGCGUCCGUCCUUCAUGGACUACUUUGACAAGCAGGACUCCAACAAGGCGGCCCUGCAGCAGCAUCAGAACCAGCACCAGCAGGAGAACUACAACCACAACCAGCCUCAGGAGCAGCCCGGCUACCACAUCCAGUCCAAGAAUAUAUUCCCCGACAACUGGAAGGUGCCGCAGGACGGCGACUUUGACUUUUUAAAGAAUCUGGACUUUGAGGAGUUGCAGAUGCGCCUGAGCGCCCUGGAUCCCAUGAUGGAGCGAGAGAUCGAAGAGCUGCGGCAACGCUACACGGCCAAAAGGCAGCCCAUCCUGGAUGCCAUGGAUGCCAAAAAGCGGCGGAAGCAGAACUUUUAAGGGCCUCCUGUCUCUAAAUCUGUGGAGCCUUUUUUGUCCAGUCUUUAAAAGAGAACUGCACUUUUUUUUAAUCUUUGUCUAUUAUUCACAAUCCUUAUGUAAGACAAGAACACACAUGCUUUUCUUGUAUUUAUGCAUUCUAAAUAUUAAAAAAAAAGUGUGAUCAAAAGUCCGCUUAAAAUGGAGCCUAUAAGAGUUGCUCUAUUCUACCUAUAAACUACUUUAAAAAACAUCCAAACACCUCCAUUAAGGUUUCAUAUACAUGCUGUAAGCAUAUAUGUAAUGUAGUAACGGGCACAGUUAUAAUAACAUUUAAUAUUUAUGUAUUUUGAUCAUUUUAAGCAUACGCGGCGCAUUAAUUUAAAACACUUAUCACGGUAACUUUUUUUCCCCACUACAUCACCGAUUACUGCUCACUACAGACUUCAUGAGAGCCAACACACAUAAUAAAACAUCACUUACUGUGCAAUGUCUGCUGUCAUUAGGAUGCCGACUGUUCAAAUCUUGUUAUAUAUCCUUUUUGAUGAAAAAUGACUCAAAAUCCCUGCAAAGAAAAGGUGGGUGGAACUAAGCUACUUUUCGUGGCGUUUUCGCCAUGUCCGGGUUUAAAUCGGCCAUAAAAGUCUACCAACAUGUCGUAUUACAUCCUCAGCCUUCUACUAUACAGAUGAGGGGCAUGAUUUUCAUUUUCAUUGGCUUUUAUGGGCGGAUUAGAGGACCUCCCAUUUGCUCUGCUGUAAGCGGACAUUUACUUACGUUUGUUUAUGAGUUAAAAUGCAUUAAAAAAAUUAGCAUCAUGUCUUUCAUAAAGAUAGUGAACAACAGGCAAAAAUUUUUUUAAAGUGCAGUUCCCCAUUAAGUUUUUCUCCAUUUGAAGUCCACUGAGGAAGGCGCUUCGUCCGGGAGACACUCAUACAACCGCUUGAUUGCUUCUAUUCUCAUCCAGGUAUUGUUCCACUAUUUGGCAUUUAGUGGAAACACGACACAACACAGGUUGUGUAGUAGCUGUAACAAGAGCAACACGUUCAUCCAUGACCAAAGACAAUCAAAAAUAGUAUUGAUGAUGCCUUAAAACAUCUGAUUCCCCACAUGGAGCUGGAAUGAGCAUGUGGAUGAUCAGGACUUCAUUUUUUUCCUUCUCAAAUUGCACACAAAGAUCUUAAACCUGACCUCAUCAGUUUACGUGCCUACACCAAUUUCUCGUUUUUAAGCUUCUCCACCCCUACAUAAACAAAAUAUGUCACAUUUAACUCCAAUUAAUACCAAUUUUUUUUUAAAUGUGCAACAAUAACAGUUAUGUUAAACCACAGCUGAUUUAAUCUUUUUGAAGUGCACUGUAAUGUGCCGAAUGAGGCAAACUGGACUUGAACGCCACGUGCAGUUGACAUUUUGGGCUUGUUUUUUUUUUUAUUAAAUGAAGAGACUGUUACACAUGAAUGUUUUUCAACCCGCGGUGUGGAUCAGCACACACUGCAGACCAAGUGGCUUUGAAAAGACCUGUUACAUUAUUUAAUCUUUAUCUGUCACUUGCAUCAGGGCUUACUCACCUUUUUUGUGUGUUUUCCGGUCUUACAGAUUUAGCGGCUGCAAUCUAAGCAUUGGAACUUUUUUAUUUAUUGUUGAAAACAUUUCAGUAACACCGGUUUGCUAUAUAAUCACUGAUUCAUAUUAGUAACUUUUGUUAACUACAUGCGGCUUUGUUGCUUGUAUGUAUAUCAAAUGACAUUUUCCCUGCACAGACUUUUUAAUUUAAAAACUGUACAGUAUGAAACACCAAUUAGCAUUAUUGCAUUUAAAAUCCACAUUUUAUUUUUCUUUCACCACUAAAUGAGAAGAAGUUUGAAAUUGAAGCAUCUUCUGUCAAAACUAGUUAAUUUAUUACUUUUUUGUAUAAAGUGCAUGAAAUAAUAAAAAAUACUCUUAGUUAACCUCAAACGCAGUGGGUUGUUUACUUUUGUCUUAUGUUUUUGGUUAAUAGAUCAUAAACUGCACUUGAGACUAGUUUAACCCAUGUCCCUCGGGCCCAAACGGGCAUUACAUGAGUUCCUUUAGGGAUUUGAUUGUCCAUUUUGAAGGUUAGUGGUCUAAAAUGUUGCCAGAAAGUUUUUAUAUUUUAUAUAUAUAUAUAUGGUACAUUAUUUUGCUUUUUCUAUGUAAACUGAGCGAAUCUCAUUCUUGCUGAUUGGAAAAUUAUGUUUUGGUGCAUUGGGGUUGUUAGGCCUAUUUUAGGGAGGCUCAAACCCCCCUAAAAUGUUCUUAAGCCCCCCUAAAUAAUUUGGUGUUUAAAAAAAAAAAAAAAAAAUUUUUUUUUUUCUUUACAAAUAUUCAUACAUAUUCAUUAUAAAGUGGCCCGAAUAUGAGUUUAAAUAAAUAAUCAUAUAACCUGUCAUUAUUCACUCAGUUUCCCCUCACUUCAUAGCUUAAUGUAGAGAGCCUCUUUAGUGCGUCGGUAUCCAAUCCAUUCCACUUGUUCAUAUAGAAUAUGCCCACAUCACUCAAAAUCCAGUCCGCAUUUUCUCUGCGACCUUGCUUGCCGUCCUGCAGGUGUACGAAGCACAUUAGCACACAGCACUGCAGAACAAGAACCUUGUGUCUGCAAUUGUAAAUAAUUUAGUUUUUAAGUUUUGCGUUUCUUGUAGAAUCUAUAUAAAGUAAUAUACAUUAGCCAUAUAUAUAUAAAUAUAUUAUAUACAAGCCAAAUUAUCCCGAUGCAGAUAUUACUUUAAUUCAAGUAAUGAAGUAAUAUUUCCAGGGCUUGAAUUUACAACCAUUUUAGUCGCAUAUGUGCCCAAAAUGUAAUCUGUGCAACUUCAAAAUAUUUGGUUUAAGUUUUUCCGACUUAAACAAGUUGAAAAACUUAUUCGGGUGUUACCAGUUAGUGGUCAAUUGUACGGAAUAUGUACUUCACUGUGCAACCUACUAAUAAAAGUCACAAUCAAUCAAAAAAACAAUGGGAACAAACAAUUAUUGUAUU